AUGGCCAUCACCGUGCCGGAGGGACAGUCCGCGCCGUUCGAGACCAUCGACAGUAAGCAUCAUGCGGGAAUUAUCAUCAUCACGACGGCCAUCUGCAUGGUGAUUACCUUGGUGUGUUUGUUAAUUCGCAUGUAUGUGCGGUUACUGCUAAGUCCGCCGUUGGCGUUUGACGAUAUUAUUCUGUUGGGUGGGACGGUCACCGCGAUAGUGGAGUCGAUUAUCGUGUUUUAUUCCGCCUCGAUUGGGUUCGGGACGGCGAUCACUUUGCUGGAUGAUCGGAUGGUCUCGAGGAUUCAAAAUCACAUCGCCGCCUCCGACGUCCUCUACCUCGUCACGCUCUUUCUCUCACGAUGCUGCAUUGUGGCCAUCUACUCGCGCUUGACGCCGCGUCGCAGCCAUAAGAAUAUCCUGUGGACAACCUUCGCCAUCAGUGCGGCCAGCAUCAUCAUCUCCAUCUUUAUCAUCACAAUAGACUGUUCCGUGAACAAGCCGUGGGCGACGCCGGGCGAGCACUGCAUUAAUUUGUUCCCUCGAUGGCAGUUCAUCACGGCCAUCGACAUCAUCACCGAGGUGUUCCUCUUCCUGUUCUCCGUAGGUCUAGUCUACGGUCUUCAGAUGCCCGUGAGGCAUAAGGUCGUGAUUAUGAUUUCGUUUGCGGCCAGGUUACCACUAAUCCCCCUGGAAUCCCUCCGCCUCGCCGCCUUCCAACACAAAUUCAUCAACUCGCACAACCCCACCUUCGACUCGAUCGCGCACUACGUCUGGACGCAAGUCGCAAUGAACUACUCCCUCGUCGCCUGCACCGUCUUCUGCCUCCGUCCCUUCAUGAACGCCGUCACGACGGCCUACGGCACGGCCGGCGACGAGAAUCUCGAAGCGAGCUCCCGAUCACGCAGCGCACCCUACGGCUCCGGCACGGGGUACGGAUCGGGUCGACACGGGAAAAGCCAUACCCAGAGCCAAGGCGGAGGAGGGGACUUUGCGCUGCAGAGUUUCGGCGCGUCCAGUGCCUCCGGCGCAAGGCAUGGAUAUUCACAUACGCAGCACGGGGUGUUCGUGCCGCGCGGCGCACCGGGCAGCGAAGGUGCCGAGACGUUGGUGACGACGUUUCCUGGGUCGUCUGGGGCGCCGUCCCAGGAGGAUCGCGAUGAGCGGGGGAGUGUAGGGAGCGACGGGAGUACGAGGAUGAUUAUCAAGAAGGAUGUUGAGUAUACGGUGCAGACGGAACCGAGGAGGGACGGUGACCACUAUUAG